AUGUCGAGCGAGAAGGUUGUUGGAGAGACGAUCUGCGGUUGUUGCCGUAGAGGUGUUGUGAAAGCGGUUAAAUGCCAAGUGAAAAUGGUGAGUGAUUCGGUCAUUGUUUGCUGUGCCGACAAUAACAAAGUCGGUGAAGUCGCAAAUGACGAAGUUUCGAAUGAGAACUCUGAUGGAACAAACAUCAAACAGUCAACAAGUAAGUUCGAGAUAACUGAAAAGACUACCCAAAUUGAGCUUAUGAUGAAGAUAAUUAGAGAGUUGGAGGAUAAAAAUAUUUUAAUGAAUGAAAAUAAUUCAUUGUUGAAAUACAAAAUCUCUGUUAUGGAAAAGGAAAUCUUAUCUCAAGCAGAUAAGAUAAAACAACUUGAAAAAAAUCUAAACAAGGCGCAGGGAGAUGACAGGCAAGAGGUGGAAAGAUCUACCAGAACAGCAAACAAUAAAAUCAGAAGUCAUCAGAAAGAGGAGGGAUUUUUAGUUCAAAAUUCAGUAGGUAAAAUGCAGCAGCUGGAACAUGCGCAACGAAAGAAAAUGAAUGAAGUCAUCGACCUAGGUAAAUAUGACAAGGUGAAGGAAGGAGUUGACAAAUCAAAUCCAACCACAAAUCGCUUUGCUGAUGAGAAAUCUGAGGGAAAAUCUAACAGCGAGAGUAAUGAGAAGUGGAUCAACGUGAACAACAAAAGAAAGAGAAAAUACAGAUCUUUAAGAUUUGGAACCUGCGAAGUGAAUGAUAACGAAAACUCUUUUGUUGGGCAGGAGAGGCAAGCGUGGUUUUUUAUUAGCCGUGUAAAGGAUCACGUCACCGAACCCAUGAUAGAGAAUUAUAUCAAGGAAAAAACAAAUUUCAAGGAUGAGGUGGUGGAAGUUAAAGAGCUAACACCGAAAGGUAAGCACGGUGGAACAGCCAUCUAUAUUCAUCAAGACGUUAACAGCAAAAGGAGAAGAAAAUUGGAAGAUCUCUCGAUAAUUGGACAAAUAGAGUGUGCAGCAGCUGAAAUGUGUUUGGGUGGCAAAAGUUUCAUUCUCCUAUCAGUGUACAGACCUUGCAGUGCGACCAGUGAUUUUGAUGUGUUCAUUGCUCAACUAGAAAAAGUGCUAAGAGUGGCUCAUGGUUUUUUGGAGGGACGUUCAGUUCAGACCGCGUUGUAUCAAUUUACCGAGAGGGUACUGAAGAUAAUUGAGGAAGAUAAGCUUGGUCUCGGUCUGUUUAUAGAUCUGGCGAGCGCAUAUGAUUGCUUAUUCAGGCCGUUCUUAUUGGAGAAGCUGGAAAGAUUGGGAGUCAGGGGCAAUGCGAAGAAGUGGAUUGCCUCUUAUCUUUCUGGACGAUUACAACGGGUCUCUAUCGUUAGAAAUGGCAGAGAAGUUAGAUCUGACAUAGUUCAGUCAGAUUAUGGGGUUCCUCAGGGCAGUGUCCUGGGGCCACUUUUAUUUUUAAUUUUCCUGAUUGAUAUUUGUGAUUUGAAUGAGGAGAUCCUGAACUGGUUAACCUCAUUUGUUGAUGACACUAACGUGAUAGUUAGUGGUGUAGAUUUUGAGGACAUAGAAUCUAAAUUGGAAUUUAUAUUUCAACAAAUAAAAAUGUGGUUUGAAAAGAACAAGCUAGUAAUGAAUCACAGUAAGACAUCAGCUGUUUUGUUCAGCACUAGCAGAUCGAAUAAAGCUAGACAAGGUGGUCUUUGCGUCGAUGGAAAUGAGGUGGAAAUUAAGGAUGCUGUCAAGUUUCUGGGUGUAUUUCUGGAUGGGCAUCUGAGGUGGUCUUAUCAAAUAGAUCACUUGGAGUCAAAGCUCUGCAGGGUUGGAUAUGGUCUCAGGACUCUUUCAGAAUUACCUGAUGAUAUGAAGAGAUUGAAUAAUUUCAAACUGUUCAAGGAAAAAGUGAGAGAUUUUGUAAUAGAAUUGGAACCAUAUUCUUUGUCUGAUUUUUUGGUUUAA